UUUUGAAUUUUUUUUGUCAGCUUUAAUAAAAGAUCCCAACUUUCUCCUCCUUACAAGUCUCUCAAUCUUAGUUAUUGUUUCUACUUGUUCCUCAGCAAUGAGAGUCCUGGAUGAGCAGCAACCCAUAGACCCAAAUGAUCCUAACGUUGUGGGAAUCGCAAAAUUUGCCGUGGAUGAGCGCAACAAGGAGGCUAAAACCAACUUUGAACUUGUAAAAGUGAACGCAGGAGGAACUAAUGCAAUUCUUGAUGGUACCGUUUAUCAGCUAGAUAUCAGUGUCACUGAAUCUCAAAUUUCCACAACCCGUCUUGUGGCUGUUCUUGUGCAUUCAGAUGGUUCCAAAGAACUUAUUUCUUUUGAGUGAUUUUUUCUCUUUUACCAUUUAAUUAAGUCUACGAGAUCAUCUAGAAACAAUUAUACUC